CCUACCUACCUAGGUAUCUUUUUAAAGGAUACUAUGAUCUUGUGAAUAUUGCUGGUAUAAGCUGCUGUAGAGAUAUGCAGCUCACCAUAAAUCGGGGUUUUUCUCCCCUUCGGUGUGUUUUUGCGCUUCAUCGCACAUCUCGCUCUUUGAUCACAUCUUUUGUGCACUCAUCAACGCAACAUCAGAUACGAACAUUGACCAUGUCAUCGUGUCUUGGAGAUGUCUAUUGGGAUGACGAUAGCUUUUAUCACUACACUGGUGGCCGCUGGCUAUUUAAUGAGGCGGAGCAGCUUGCUGACCGACGCGUGAAAUUCAACAUGACCGAACUGGUCAGAGUUGCGACUGCAAGUCUAGGUUACAGCCUAUCUUCAUGUAUUGGCGUGCAAAAGCUUCCGGAAGGGAAUUAUAAUAAGGCUUUCCUUAUCAAGAUGUGUGACGGGCGGCAAGUCGUCGCUAAGGUCCCUAACCCCAAUGCUGGCCUGCCUUUCUACACCACCGCCAGUGAGGCUGCGACGAUGGACUUUCUGAAUUUCCUACGGAUGAGGACUAUCGCCGGAAUCCCGUCCCCAAAGGUGUAUGCGUGGAAUGCUUGUGCCGCUGGCAAUCCUGUUGGCGCUGAGUAUAUUAUCAUGGAGAAAAGUGACGGAGUCCUGCUAAGCUCCAAGUGGCCUACAAUGAGCAUGAAAGAAAAGCACCAGUUGACACAGUGUAUUAUUGGUUUUGAGCGGAGCCUUCUUUCACACCACUUCGAGAACAUUGGAAGCCUUUACUAUGAAACAGAUCUUGCGCGUUCGCAAGAUAAGUUCUCCACCACUGCUUACUCUGGUUUUGUUGUCGGUCCCACAACAGACCGAAAAUUUUUGGAAGACGGACGGAGAACUUUCGAUUCAGACAAAGGGCCAUGGAGCACUGCUAGCGAAUAUAUACUCGCCUCAGCCCGGCGCGAACGAGAAUGCAUUCAGCGAUCCACAAAGUUCCCGAAACCGGAAGGAAUAUUCGGUGGGCCGAGGUCUUACCAACCCACGGCUGAUGCAAAGCUUGCGGUCUUGGACGAUUUUGAGAAGGUGGCUCCCUAUCUACUUCCCAAAGAUACCUCAGUCCACGUUCCGGUUCUAUGGCACGGCGAUCUUCAUCACGACAAUAUCUUUGUCGACCCGGCGGAUCCAUCGCAGAUACUUUCUAUCAUAGACUGGCAGUCAGUACAUAUAGCACCGCUUUUCCAGCAAGCCACAACCCCGGCAUUCUUGGAAUUUGACGGACCAAAGGAGCCGGAUGGUCUCUCAGUGCCAUCUUUACCGAAGAACUUUGAGGAGCUAAGUCUUGUCGAAAAAGAGCGAGCCAAGACCUUGCUAGCACAACAAUCUCUAUAUAAACUGUAUGAAAUACAGUCUGCGCGGCAAAAUCCCCCUGUUUUCAAGGCUCUACGCUACGCCAGCACGCUUGGAGGUCAGAUCAUCUCGCUGGUUUCGCAGGUUUUCAACGACGGUGAGCCGAUCGUAAAAGGCCAAUUAAUUCAGGUGGCGCAUGAAUGGGAUCGGAUAGUCGCGGCACAGGAGGUCGAUCAGCAAAAGUGGGAGGAAGGUGUGCAGUUAAUGGAAGACGUCCUUGAAGCUUUGGGUGGCUCAGAAAACGGGUGGCAGGGCUGGGUGAAUCACGAAGACUACAGUCAGAUGAAAGGAAAGCUGUCCACCGUGAGGAAGCAGUUUUUAGAUCACAUGGCCGAGAAUGAAGAGGAGAGGGAAGCCUGGGACCGAGUGUGGCCGUUCCAAGAUAAGUAA